AUGUCUACUAGCCAGAGCUCCAUCUACUCCCAGGCCUUCAAUUUCAGCUCCUUCCUACAAAACGGCGUCGACCCUCGCACAGGGCUAUAUACGUACAGCAUUGACUUGUGUGACACACCAAGUCAGUCACUGAACUUGCCUUCCUUCAAACUCUCGCUGCACUAUAAUCCCCUGAACACUGUCGACUCUGGUCUGGGAACUGGCUGGGCCUUUCGUCUCCCUUCAUACGAGCCCAGUACGAAUACCUUAGCGCUCUCCACUGGAGAAAGCUUCAAGGCUAGCGGGACAAAUAGCCAGCUCUCCGUUCGAGACCAAAAGCUUAAGAACUUCCAUGUGACCAACGAUGGGUCGGAAUAUCGCAUUGUUUAUAGAUCCGGCCUGAUAGAGGUCCUGUCAAAUAGCAGCGGUCUCUAUAACAGGUUUGUUCCGAUUGCCCUCUACGGUUCCACGGGACGGUCGAUUGCAUUUACCUGGACGCCAGCAGAGUCUAAGUCGCCCAGGCUCACCCUGAUCCAAGACGGAGACAAGGAUCUAGUCGAGGUUCAGUACGGAGAGGGCCAAGUGCGCGUCAUCCAGGCACCCGGUACACCCUAUGAGAGUAUCUUCACCCUUGUCCAGAAGAACGGCCAACUGGUACAAAUCCAGUCGUCCCAGGAGAAGACGCCGCCGUGGGAAUUCUCCUACGAGGAAAUUGACAACCGAUUCGUCUGCCUCGCACAGCUCACGACCCCUACCGGGUUGCUUGAGAACGUGACGUACAAGUCAGAUGGCCAUCGCCUGCCCAGUGGAGCUCCGUACCGGACAAUCCCGUAUGUCAUCUCGCGUGUGGUGCAGCAGGGCCGUCAACAGCCGGCCACCACGACGUCUUAUGCUUAUUCUGCGGAGAAUUUCCUGGGCUACAAUGGCGGCCAGGACUGGACUCCCGACGGUGACAACCUAAAUCAAGUGCCGGCGGAGUACCAGUAUACGUCGACUGUGCGGGUGGAAGGCGGAUCUACCACUGUGAAUGAGUAUAACAAGUUUCACCUUCUCGUCGAGGCUGGAACUGGACCAGGGGUUUGGGGAACAGGACACAUCCUCGGUGCAUCUCACAUAAAAGUAUAA